AUGUUUUAUUCUGGAUGGAACUUUCCCACGCCGCGGCGCAUUGUGGCCUGCGGAAACGACGAACACGAUGCGAAUUACUUCGUGCAGGAGACCGGCAGCCCGGGCAUCAGUUUACUGCACUUUCUCACACCCAACGGACUCUCGGGUGGGGGCUCCGGCACUUCCUCACGGCGGGACCCUGGCGAGCGUAUUCAUCUCAAGAGCGAUGUGCCUAUUCACCGGCACAGCGGGGUCUUUUACUUUGAGGUGGGUGUGCACACUGUUGCCCCAACCACCGCAGGCACGCGAAGAGGCGGAAGAGGCGGAAACGGAAGUAAUGAUCGCAACAACACCGCAACUGUUGGAGAACCCGAAUUGGUGAUUGGAUUGUGUCGGGAAUCAUUGCCCGCACACUCACUUCCAGGGGAGGAGGCCUGCAGUAUUGGACUAUUCACCGCACAACGUAUGGUUUAUAUGAAUGGUAGACCCGAAGGUGAACCUGUUCGCUUUCCAAUCGACACGCGUCAACGCCAGAAGAGUAUUGACAAUAUUGAUAAUAAUAAUAGUAACAAUAAUAAUGCUAAUAAUAACAGUGGCAAUGGUAGCAAUAAUACAGGGACAAGAACAACCCAAGAGGAGCGUCGUGUAAAGGGAAUUUCAGCAGGAGACACUGUUGGGUGUAUUGUUAAUCUCAUGGAUGGCACUCUGCGGUUCACAUAUAAUGGUGAGCUCCUCAGUUUUGUGGGUGCAUUAAAUCGCCGAAUGCCUCAACAAGGCUAUUACCCCGCUGUUGGGGUUUUUCGACUUGUUCCUGCAGUUAUCCUGCGUGUUGUAUUUCAACCACUUGGACGAACAGCGUCAAUUCCACGUCCCAUGCCAGUGAACAACAACGACACCGUGGAUCCGGUCUCUCCUAAGCAGGAGACAAGAACAACAGCGGCUGGAUACUUUGUGUUUGAUCUUGACAAAUACUGUGAAGGUAUCGCAGAGGAUUUAGUGCGUGCCUAUCAACAGAAGGCUGCAGAAAUAUUGGCAGAGGAAGAGGAAGGUGAUCGUUGUACAUGUCGAGAUGCGAAUAUCAUAGCAGCCAUUCGCAAACACUUGGCCGCACGAGGGAUGACGAAGGCCUUAUCUGCCUUUGAAAAGGAACAACAGGAACUACGCUAUACUGGCAAUAGUGACAAUAACAGCAAAAACAAUAAUAAUAAUAACAACAACAAUAAGAACAACAACAACAACAGCAGCAACAAUAACAUCCCUCUUCAAGAUAGGAAAAUGUCGCAAAAAACGGAGGAUGAAGAGGAAGUACGUGCUGGAAAACCGGUAGAGGCAUCGGAUACAAAUGUAAAUAGAGGCCAUCAAAACAGUAGUAGUAGUAGUAGUAUGUUGGGGUGUAAUAAUGAGAGUGAACCUUUGGGUGGUGUUGGUGAUACCCGCAACAUUCAGUAUAGCCUUCACAUUCAAUCUCUACGUGAGGAUAUUUGCCGUGGGGACGUGCUUUCCAGCGCACAUCGUAUUCUUUCCAAUGGAGUUCUCUCACCUGUCGCUCGCGAUAAACUCGCCGCCGUUGACUGUGAUGUUGAUGCCUUACCGCAUGACUUCUGGGGACUCAUCUUUUUCACGCAGCGUCGUGAUAUUCUCUUUCUACUGCGCGCCGCACACGUUGUGGAAAUAGCCCUCAACGCCGUGGAAGAGGGACUCUCCGCGUUGUUAUCAUCCCCACAGCAACAGCAACACAACAAGAACAACAAUCAUAAUAACAAUAACACUACCAACAACAACAAUAAUACUCCUUCUUCCACCACUACCGUUGCGGAUUUCAUGGAACUUGCGUUCAGGGUUCUUCUUGAACCAUUUGAAGAAAUUGACGCUGCGGUACGGCGACAUCAGCGAUCCUCCUCAUACUCCACAGCGUUGCCAUCCUCAGCGGCGGAUAUCCAUCUGCAGACGAAUACCAAUACGACUGCUGCUGCUGCUGCUGCCAAUGCUAAUGCUUGUGUGGCGGAAGAUGUUGCCUUUAGACCCUUUGAUGAGUCUAGUACGGCAGCGACGCAGAAAUGGCCCUCGGACGAUCUCGCCGCUUAUCUUUUUCUCAGCGGAAAGAACACAGUGUGGUCUGGGCCAGUCGCACGUGUUACACUGCUGGUGCGGCAAAGUGUGCCGAGUAUAGCCCCGCCCAGCCAGCGGCAGCAGCAACGCAUUGUGCAAACACUCUCCAUGCUACUCUCACACCAACGGGCCGUAUGUGCUCGGGUGAGGGAAGAGCUGCAGCAACAACAACAACAACAACAACAAAUGUCAUUGGAGUGGGUAGAAGACUGGUUAUCUUUGAUAGAGGAGGCCAGAUCUGAGUGUCGGGCCCGUUGUUGGUGUCUUCUUCUUCACGCCAUUGAGGAUUUCAAUGGGGCUUUGGAGUAUCGUCUGCUGGUGUGGGUGCGGCGGCACGAACAGGAGCUGCGGGAGGCCGAGAAGGGAAGCGCCUCGCGGCAUCACAGCGCGGCCGCCCACCGACGCGGUAGUGGAAGUCGCCGGUUGUUUCCAUCACUGCGGGCGGCGUGGAGACACGUGCAUGCGGCGGCAGCAUUGGAGCCGUUGCUGCAUAUCGUGACGAAAGCCUUCAGUGAUAAACUUAAACGCGCCACCAAAGCGGCAGAGUUCACUACAGUACCAACAGGUGAUGAUGGGGAAAGUCAUACUAGUAAUAAUAAUAAUAAUAACAACAACAAUAAUAAUAUCUAUCACAAGAGUAGCGGUAGAGGUGGAGCAUCACCAGCAUUUGGUAAAGGUCCGAAAAGAUGGCAUUCCUUUACAUCUACUAUGGCUGAAGUUGAUGAUGAGAAUGAUGAGGUGGAUGGGGGUAAAACUACUCAGGGUAGUAGCACUAUGCCAACAGCAGCAGCAGCAGCAGCAGUAGCGGCAACAUCAUUAUCAUCAUCAUCACGCCUGUCAAGCACAAUCAACAGCAAUAAUAAUAAUAAUAAUAAUAACAACAACAACAACGGUGGAGGUAGUUAUAGUGAGUUGCGAAUGCGGACAUCAUACUACACUGAUGACGUCCGAUUGAGUCUUUUGUACAUGAAACGUAUAUACAAAACAGUUUUUGCGUAG